AGUAGGACUAGACAUACCAGCAAUGACCAGCUCUCCUGUCUCCAGAGUUGUCUACAGCAGCAAGAGGAGCAGCAGUCCCCGCUCUCCCACCAAUAGCAGUGAGAUCUUCACACCAGCGCAUGAAGAGAAUGUGCGCUUCAUUUAUGAACCCUGGCAGGGUGUUGAGCGAGACCUGCGCAGCCAGCUGUCCAGCGGGGAGCGGUGCCUAGUGGAGGAAUAUGUGGAGAAAGUUCCCAACCCCAGCCUGAAGACCUUCAAGCCUAUCGACCUGAGUGACUUGAAGCGCCAGAACAUGCAGGAUACCAAGAAGUCCGAGUGUCUGGCGUCCCUCCCCUGGCCUCCAGAAGAUUAGGGUGCACACUUAAUGUUGGUUUCCUCUGUUCUGUGGCGCUGCUCCUGGGAGGGGGGAAGGAGAGUGUGCUCUAGCAGGCCGUAAUCCCCAGAGCCAGUAGGAUUGAUGAUCAAGGCCCUACCUGUCCUCGCCAGGGUCUCAAGUUGCCCCUGUCACUGGGGUGGUGGGGGGUGGGGGAUAGUCUGACUGUAUCAGCCCUGUCCUUUUCCCCUGGCCAGCUGCAUCUUGGGUAACACCUGGCCCUACCUACCCAGCCCUCUCUGCUGUUACCUGCCAUGCCUUGCCCCUCUCUUUCCUGGCUACUUAAGGUCAGGAAGGAAAAAAGGGGACCUCUGUUUCUUUGGCUGUGGAACCUUGAGGUGACCAGAAAGUUGGACAUGUGCAGUCCCACCUGCAUCCAGUGUGGCUCUCUCCAUGGAGACUUGCUGUUCUUCUGCCCUGGACAUUUGGGGAGCUCCCCCUUCCAUCCCCACUGUCCAUCCUGACCCUUCCUUGCCCCUUUCAGAGUCGAAUCAGCUCUGGGCCUAGGACUGUGCUGGCUCUCUGAGAGCAACUAGGCCUUUUGUCCUGGUACCUGCAGCCCUGUGGUCACAGCAGUGCCCUUGGACGGGGCACUAAGGCUGACCCUGAAGGAGUGGUGCUGCCAGACCUGUCCUGGCUUUCUGGGUUGUAGUGGGAGGAUCACCAAGACCCCCUUUUCUCGUGCCCUCUUGAAUCCAAGUGUCUAUGUAGCUUUGGAGACUAAGGGUCUGUGAAUAAAGGUGGGUGGCACUGAAGGAAAAAAAAAAGACUUUUAGGGACAUCUCCGGUGCCAAAAGUGAUAAGCCCCAAAGCCCCCAGAAGGAUAACAGUAGCAUCUAAGGGUAAGGAGCCACUAGGGCACACAAUAUGGUUGAGCCCCUUCUGUAGCCUGAGCCAGGGAGAAGCCUCAGCCCCCAAAGCCAAGACUUUGCCUCCUUUGUGUUCUGAGGCUGCUACAGCGAUCUCGAGGCAAAGAAUGAUUCAGAGCUUUGUUCUGGCCUUGCUGGCAAGUUAACAAGUCCUCUCGCUAAUGCCGCGGAGCUGGUAUGAUCCAGUGAAUGGGAGCUCCUGCUCCUGUAUCCCUGACCCGGAAGCAGUACACUGGCUGAAGUAACACGUUGGGCAUGAAGACAAUGGGGAGGUAACUCAGCAGCAGAGAACCUGGCACAGCUACUCUCGUAAGUGGGGAAAUGUCCCACAGAAGAGAGAAGGAAGAGAACUGACUUUGAGAAGGCUGUUUCAGAGCACGCUGACCGGAGGAGUCAGGGCCUCGCCAGAGGAACCAGUGGAGACAGAGAAACCAUCUCAAAAAAAAAAAAAAAAAAAAAGAAAGAAAAGAAAAAAAAGAAAAGAAAAGAAAGA